AUGGCGGGUCCCUUACGCCGAGGCCGUCUCUGGAUUGGUGUCGUCCUCAUCUGGAUCUUUGGCUUUUGGUACUGGUCAAGUACGGACUCAACUUUCACAUUGUUCGGCAAGGAUGAUCCUCUUGCUGGAAAAGGCGCCAGUGCCUGGACGCGAAGACUACCCAAAUAUCCAAUUCCCCAAGAUAAACUGGCCGUGUUACCUGAAAUCAAAGGAGGUGUCAAGGUACCCAAGAUUCAAGCUAAUGCGCCAGUUGAGAGCGCUGUCGCAAAGGAAACGCGACUGGCACGUCUUGCUGCCGUCAAGAAGAGCUUCGAACACAGCUGGAGCGGGUAUUCUAAUUACGCAUGGAUGCAUGAUGAAGUGACCCCAUUGACCGGCAAGUCCAAGGAUCCUUUUGGUGGCUGGGCUGCAACACUGGUCGAUGCCCUUGAUACGCUCUGGAUUAUGGACAUGAAGGAAGAGUUUACCAAAGCCGUCGCCGCUGCGGAUGGCAUUGACUUCACCAGAAGUUCCAUGACCACUAUCAACAUUUUCGAGACCACUAUUCGCUAUCUUGGUGGUUUCUUGUCAGCAUACGAGUUGAGCGGAAGAGCUCAUUCUAUUUUGCUCGAGAAGGCCAUUGAGCUUGGAGAUCUUCUCAUGGUUGCCUUUGACACACCCAACCAUAUGCCAGUUACUCGAUUGGAGUGGAAGAAAGCUGCUUACGGCCAGUCCCAGUCCGCCUCGCGCGAGACUCUUGUCUCUGAGCUGGGCUCUAUGAGUUUGGAACUUACCAAACUGUCUCAAAUCACUGGUAACACGAAGUACUACGACGCUGUCAAGAGGCUCGGGGAUCAGUUUGAGUCUACGCAACUCAACACUCGUCUUCCUGGCAUGUGGCCGGUGGUUGUUGAUGCUUACACGCCAGCGUUCCAUGCUGGCUCAGAAUUUACCCUUGGUGGUAUGUCUGAUUCAUUGUAUGAAUACCUUCCCAAGUGGUACCUUCUUCUUGGUGGUCAACUGGACCAGCCUCGUCGGCUGUACGAGAAUUUCAUUCCUGUCGCCAUUAAGCACCUUUUCAAGAGAGCAAUGACACCCUCGGACAAACCCAUCAUUAUUUCUGGCGACUACCAGGUAACGGAUCUGCCAGGAGAACAACCCAAGUAUACCUCUGUAGCCCGAGGCCAGCAUCUCACUUGCUUCGCCGGUGGCAUGAUGGCAAUGGCUAGCAAGAUAUUUAACCGUCCGGCUGACCUAGAUAUUGCCACCCAACUUACGGACGGUUGCAUAUGGGCUUACCAGGCCACCAAGACUGGUCUUGGACCCGAGGUAUUCAACUUCAUCUCGUGCGGCAGUGUUGAUGUCAAGGAGACAGGUGAUUGUACCUGGAGUGAGGAGCGGUGGCUCAAGGCUAUCGAAGAGCAGCAUGCCCCUGACUUCAAGGCUCCGCCGAUGAGGGGGCCUGAAUGGAAGAGGCCUACCGUCCAGGAUGUCGUGAAAAAGCACAAUCUCCCAGAAGGCAUGAUUGAUGUGAGCGACCCCCGAUAUAUCUUGAGGCCAGAGGCUAUCGAGUCCAUCUUUGUCAUGUACCGAACCACUGGCGACGCGCAGUGGUUGGAGAAGGCAUGGACUAUGUUCGAAACAAUUGAGAAGGUGACGAGAACCGAGAUCGCAGCUUCGGCAAUCGACGAUGUUACGAAAGCGGAGCCUACCAAGAUGGACAGCAUGGAGAGCUUUUGGUUGGCCGAAACGCUCAAGUACUUUUAUCUUAUUUUCAGCGAUUUUGAUGUCAUCAGCCUUGAUGAAUGGGUGUUCAACACUGAGGCACAUCCUCUGAGUCGUCCUGAUGUAAAAUAA